UCAGUGUUUUCGGCAGUGUAAAAGUAUGUGUGCAUGAAGCCGCGUGUAUAGUACGUAAUAGAGGAAUAAAGACUGGUAUGAAAAGGUGACAAUGCCAUGUAUAGUAAUACCACAACUGCUUCUACUAUCAUUAUUAUUUUGAAUAGCACUCCAUAAUGAUAUACUUCAGUACCGUGACUAGGUCAAAGACGGUGAGUGUGAACAAUUCGCUACUACCCGCUGAUGCUACAAUGUGCGGUGCUAAGAAGAAACGGAUGCUGAGAGAUUAAAAAGUGCCAUCGCGACAAACGAUUGAACAGAUGCUACCUGGUUGUGGCGCUUGGAACUACAGGCCUGAUCAAAAAAAUAGAAUAAAAAUAGUGAUUACAGUUGAGGCAGCAGCAAUAGCAAUAUUAAUAUUAGCAAUAGUAAUAUUAAUUAGGAAAAAAAAAGAAGAAAACGUCUUGAACAGGUGCUGCUCAUACGGGAAAUGCUCCUGUGGGCUACUGUCGCGCUUGGGACCGUUGUCACCUGGUGUUGCGCCUGUGAGUACGAGAGAAUUUUUGGUUGUGCGUCAGGACUUCAAAAGGAACUUGCCUCAACCCGCUUUGUUGUCACUGUUCGUCAGCUCAACACGUACUGUGAUAGUAUGGAAAAGACCCAUCGAUGUAUCUUGGAGGAAACCCAGUCGUGUCAGAUCGAUGUAAGGGCAGCUUACGCGCAGGCUGUCAAAGCAGAGCAGCUUGUUAUCCGCGAUCUUUGUCGGCCGGGGCUUUUUCAGGAUGAGUACUUAAAAGAGGCGCACUGCAUAUCGGCAAUUUACUCGGAAAAGACUGACGGGCCGUGUCGAAAGCCUUACUCGAAGCUACUGGCAGCCGCGUUUGACGGGUCAUCUAUCUCGCAAUUCGUGAGAAUCAAAAAGAACUCUUCUAAAAGUAUCGCCACCUCAGCAUCAGAUCCCGCUGCACUUUUAUACAAUCUGUGUUGUGCGUAUUACGCUGUGUAUGAAUGUACGCAAGUGCAUGCUGGCCGCUGCGGGGGACGCAGCUUCAGCAAAAACUUACUGCGCCAAAUCUAUCAGGGUCUAGACCACAACUGUCGUCCCUUCAAAACGCUCUGUAACCAGCUACCAUCAAGCAACUCUCGACUUCCCGGUCAAGACACGAAACAACAUAGCGCGAAAAAUGGUCACCAUACGAUUAUGCAUACAUCGCUGGCAGAAACUAUACGAUCAGUCGUGCUUGGCAUUAUUGUUUCACUUACGUCGAUGCUAUGGGCCCUCGGAGGCCUCGUUACGACCACGUAACGAACCCACAAUUUAGAAGAGUUGAGUCAAAGAGUAUAUAUACAUAUGUAUUUUAUCGUUUAUUACGAUGAACCUACCAUGAAGGUAAAUAAAGUAACGACUCAACUAUAGGUGUGUUAUUUGCACCAAAAAUACCUCAAUAUGUACGCGUGAGAAGAAUCUUCCAUCCAAUCUACCGAAUAGAACACGAUGAACUUCUUGAGUGCUCAAUUUUACAAAAGAAACACACUUGCACGUUAGCUACCUUUUUCUAAUGACUAUUAUUUUUACGGUUAUUUUAAAAAUAAAACUAUUUAUCACAGAUGCUAAUGAGCAUAGUGAUGAAACCUAAAAGGGACGCGACUAGUAUUUCUACUUGCUUUGCCAGGCGCUGACUCAAUAUGAGCCAAUCAUUUAUUUUGUGAGCAGCUUAAACACCUCCACAUCUUGUAUUCUUAACGUUACUAAAGAGACAUAAUAUGAUACUCAACUUUAUGUCGCGGGAUCCAAGUCCUGUACACAGGCAAUGCGUAUGAGAAACGGUAACGACGUAUGGUUGAGGAAAUAGCUUAAAAGUUACCAAGAGAAACUUAAGGGCUGUGUGUUAUAGGAAGGAACAGAAUCCGUUAAUUUCUAAAGAUAACCUUGUGCUGCGACCCGAGUGUUAAGGCCUCACCUUCAAGUACACUUCACUUCAAAAGAAAACUUGUUUUGUAUUUUCUAACUAUUUAUUCAUUUGUCGAGUCAGCGCAAUGUAGUCUUCUACUUAAACGUGCCUUGCCGAUAUCAAGAAACGAGCUCCUUUCUGAGAUAUAUAUAUAUAUAUAUAUAUAUAUCAGGAAAGAACACCAUGUUGAAAUAUAUGGUUUUUUGACAAUUAACAGUAAAAACUACAUCGCAUAUUUUUACAUGGAAAAACGUAUUUGAUUUCCACAUAAAUGAAAUAAAAGCAGUAUUCAUAUGAUGUUUUUAUAUCUAUCAAGAGGCUACCAUGGUUGACUAGGUCGUUAGUCGAAAGCACACGACACAUCGGCAAGUGGUCUAGAGCUUUCAUGUCUAGACCGCGUUAGAGUUAGCAGUUAUUUAUUAUUCGGUUGGCCUUGACACUCGGUUAUCGCUACCGAUUCUGUUGAGGUUUGCGCUACGGCGGCGCCCCUUGCAAAUUUGGCAUUCUUGUUGUGACGCCCCACGACCCCGCAACAUCACAACGAUCUCUUGCGAUUCUAGUAUCUUCGCACUCUCGCCCACUGCCGUCAAACUAUAUAUUUUCAGACGCCUUUUUAGUCGGGUCUUUCUCCUAUCGACUAGUCCUUCGAGGCUAAACCCCCCUUCCGUCCUUUACUUCAGCGCAGUCCAGUGUGACCUGAUGCCCCUAGAGUGCUAACGGUUGUACCAAAAGUGUUUUGCUUGUAUAAAAAAUUUGAUCACCAAUCACUUCUGCAAGUUGGGUCGGAAGCAGACUGAGUAUAUAUAUUCAUUGCGAUGAGGUUGGGCUGGGAAAAAGUCUUUAAUAAAACCAACGCAUAAUUGAUUUUAAAAGUCAGCGCAGGGCAACAGUAUAGUGAAUUUUUUUCACACACAUACGUCUGUGUAUUAAGGUGUACACCAUUUAUACGACUAUUGUGAGCGUUCCUGUCGAUAAAAAAGCAUGACCUCUUCGGACAAAUACAAAAAACUGCCACUGUCUGUAUAGUGGCCAUACGAUCAAAUGCAUUUUCUUCCAUUCGACAAACAUAACUCCAUUUCGUGUUAACAAAUAUCCGCUCAGCGGAGAAAAACCUUGUACAGCUGUUACACUGACACGCGAUAUUUGAACAAAAAAGAAAAGAAAAACAUACUUUAUAGACGAAGAUGAUCAUAUCGAGGAUUGAAUAGGUUACGUGAGAACGCCCCGUAAAUGCGGACAUUACUGCAAAUGAUAAGUUAUUAAACUGGGCAGCGUGAUGAUCGUCGCCGUACCGUAAGGGCCAGUGUGCCAAUGUAAUCAAUAUAGAGGGGGCGAACUAGAUUUGGUUGAAGUAGCAUUUUUUACUCGGUCCAUAUUAUUCGAAUAGAAACGUAGACGAUCACAUAUCUACGAAAAAUUUAUGAAAAUCGGGUACUUAUAGAAGUGGAUGUUCCCGUAUUGAAAAUGAUGAACAAAUUAAAUGUCAAUAAAUAAAAUAAAACAAACGAUAAAUGUGAUACCCUACCUCGUCGAAUCCAGCGCAUAUCAAUGGAGCUAUAAAAAAUAUGGA